AUGGAGCCCCCCGCUAGCACGCUGGACAUUCCUCCAGGCUGGGCAGGCUUCGCAAAAACGCUGUAUAGAACUCGCCGUCCACCUGUUGUUCCUGUCAGCGCUGAGAGGCUUGAGGCGGCAGCCCGGGAGAAACUGCGGGAAUGGCCAGACGCCUUUCUGUUCGUCUUCGAUAGCGCCGGUACAGGGUCGACCAAGGAGGCGAACUACGCGGAAUUCAAGAAGUGGAGGAUUAUUCCGCGUGUGCUCCGAAAUGUGACUACUCGCACGCUUGAUACAACCCUUUUUGGCGUGAAGUAUUCAUCUCCUUUGCUUUUGUCGCCUGUGGGCGCACAGACUGCUAUUCAUCCCGAUGGCGAGUGUGCAAGUGCAAAAGCUGCAGGAAACCUGGGAGUGGGGUUUGUGAUGAGCACAGCCUCAAGUCGUUCAAUCGAAGCUAUCGCUAGAGCUAACGGGAACGGACCUCGGUGGUUCAUGCUGUACUGGGGAAAAGAAAGAGACGUUACAAUUUCUUUAUUGUCACGCAUCAAGCGCACUGGGUUUUCCGUCGUGGUCGUCACGGUUGAUGCCAUGCUGCAUGGCUGGAGGCCUACAGACCUAGACACGGCAUAUUGGCCCCUUAAUCACGGUCUCGGUACAGAAGUAGGGCUCACUGAUCCAGUCUUCAUGGCCAAAUUCGGCUUGGAGCCCCACUCUGAGGAUACAAAGGGCGAAUUCCCCUACAAUGCAGCCCAUAUCGACGAACUGAUCGCGUCCGGAGACAAGAUUGCGACGGAGCGCGCGCAGCUCGGGCAAGAGUUCUUCACGCAAGUCACUGACACAGGCAAAACGUGGGAGAACCUGAAAGACCUGCGAAAAUACUGGGAUGGGCCUAUCGUUCUGAAAGGCAUCCUAUCCCUUGAGGAUGCCGAACUAGCGAUCGAGUAUGGCGUGAAUGGGAUCAUCGUCUCCAACCACGGCGGUCGCCAGCUUGAUGGUGCAGUGCCAUCUCUGUAUGCUUUGCACCAGAUCAUGCAGAGCCCCAGAGUGCGGGCGGCCCAAGCAAGCGGCAAUUUCUCCGUCAUGCUCGAUUCCGGCGUGCGCACGGGUGCCGACGUGAUGAAGGCAAUAGCGCUCGGCGCACAGGCAGUCCUCUACGGCCGGGCAUUUAUGUAUGCACUGGCAGUUGGGGGUACGGAGGGCGUUGAAACCCAGAUCAAGGCCACACUUGCAGAGCUUGACACGUCGCUCGCACUGUCUGGUUUUACGAACCUGGACGACCUGCGCGCCAAUGGAGACAAAGUCUUAGUGAAGUUUAAAGAGUAG